AUGGCCUCUUCAGACUCCAAACUACACGAAUAUGCUAGUAGGCGAUUAGCCAGCAGGAGAAGAAACAAGAAGCCGACAGACGGUGGUAGAAAGAAGGAAGGGUAUUGUCCAGGACAAUCGCUGGCAGGAUCUGGCCCGUGCCACAGAGUCCUCUGUGUUCCAGUUAUCUCUUCCAUCUCCGGCGCGGUUAUGGACCGCUAG